AUGCCUACUCGUGGUCGUCCUCAGUUUUUCUGCGCUCGGCCAGAUGGCACUUUAACCCCACUCAUUGCAGUGGAUGAGCUACAGGCUGAGGUCACUGUGCGAGGUGUUCCUCGCACGCUGACGGCUCGUGAGACCCAGGGGAUGCUAAGCUGCGGAAGGGCUUCCCCACGACCUGAACCCUGGGUCGUCGACGGGGUCGCCCAGCCGCCUCGUCAUGAGCAAGACGGCAAUACACAGCAGCUCCUGUUGAGUGUGAUGACCAAUCCCAAUGUGCCCGAGGAGCUUCGGAACUCUGCUCGCCAGAUUCUGUGUUAUGAGGUCGACCGCUUGGGUAUUUCCCCUGGUGACACCGCUGCUAGCAGCGACGGUAUGUCGCCCGUGGCUCCCAAUUGCCAGUUGGGCAUGCAUUCAGGCAAUCGAAACGCCCCUAAGAAAGAAUAUUGCUCAUACUGGCUUCGACACGGAGAGUGUGACUACUCCCAGCAGGGUUGUAUGUACAAGCACCAAAUGCCGACAGACCUUCCCACACUUAAUUGGCUGGGCCUGCGCGACAUCCCUCGCUGGUACCGUGAGAAGUACAACAUCCCGAGUCUUCUCAACCGUGGAAUCCGUCAGCCAAUUGCUAUUGCCAAUAACCCUCCUUCGACCAUGCUACCCUCGACGCCUCCUACGGAUGAAGGAUUCGGGGGUAACAACAGAGGUCUCAACAUCCAUCCUCACGAGGGUGACAGGCUCGGCAGGUCGCCUCCUCGCGGUCCCUCCAACCGAAGAAUGUCAAACGUGCCUCACUAUGGCCAGUACCGCGGAGGUUACCGCAAUGGUACAACCGGAAACUGGAAGGCCUAUCAGCGCAAUGCCCGUCACCCAGCCACCAACAUGGCUCCGAACAGCGCCUCUGGCGAGCGCAGUGGCGAACAAUAUCUUUGCAACGCGAAGCCGUUCUCUUCGUUUCCUGUGAAUUCGGAGAACAGCCCGCCUUUUGGAACGGGUUCCAGCGAGAAUGAUUCGGACCCUACUGAGACCAAAUUUACCACUGCGACCUUUGGCACAGCCUCCGUUGCCCCAGCCGCCAACAACCGGUCCCUUCUGGAUGACGGCACACCAGAUCGUCACUUUGAGUGGAGGGCGAAUAAUGAGGCCGAUGAGAUGCGAGGUGCUUUUGAGCACGUUCGUACCCCGCCUGUUGAGCGCGCGUGGCGCCCCAUUGGGCCCCAUCAAGAGCACCAGCACAGCUCUAAUCCUUCUACUGAGGGUGGCGUCUUGCUCAGGAGGGAAUUCCCUCCAUCCCGCGCUCCAAUGAACGAUCCUUUUGGCAUGGGUCCCGUCCGUUCUGGACGGCCGAAUACCACCCGUGGCCCGACAAACGAUGUUAAUUCGCAUAGGCCCUCUAGCCUCGUCUCACCCCUGGCUAAUCUCACCUUUGAGGACAACGGGGGUCUGACCUCGGAGGAAACUCGUGUUACCUGGGGUCCUAUUGGGGGCCCAAUCCUCAAGCGAACCACACCCCCAGCUGACGAGAAUCUGCCUUUCCAUUUUGCUUCACCCAGCAGCCGUCACACCGACUAA